CGGGUUUCAAACCCACAGGAGCCAAUCAGAGCGAGCAGACGCGUUAUGCCCCAGCCGUAGCUGCAGGCGCGGGCUUUGAAAAAAAAAACUGUCGCGGAGCCGUCAUGGUGCCACCGGGGCCAUCCGCAGCCGCCCAAGAGCGACAGAGAAAGCUCCAGGAGUACCUAGCAGCCAAAGGAAAACUGAAGUGCCAAACCACCAAGCCUUAUCUAAAAGCCAAGAGUAAUCGUCUGAAUCCUCCACCUUCUAAAUCUAAUAUAAUACCCAAAAAGGAUGUUACCAAUCAUGUUGCUUUGCCUAUCAAAGCUACAAGACCCAUCAGCAUUAAGCUCCAGCCCAGACCUGGCAAUCUUAUGGGAUCCCAGAAGCCAAAGUUGGAGCCACCAAAACUUCUGGGUAGAAGGCUGACUUCAGGAUGUGUUUCUUCUAACUCGAACUGUAAGCCUUCCAGCAAAGGCCAACAGCAUAAAGCUGUAUCAUCCACUACUGAAGAAUUAUCUAGAAAAACCAUGGGAUCACUUAAUAUGCAAGAAUUGAAAACUGCAAAGCAGCAAGUAGCAGAUCAAGGAAAUACUAAAUAUGCAGACUCUGUGAACAGUAACCAUAUUGAAAAUGAACCCUUGGAUAGCUUUCUAAAAGAGAUGAACAAAGAGAACUUGCCCCAAACUUUACCAGACUCUGAAACGAAGCCAAAUCCUGAAUUAUGGGCCAUAGGUAAGCCAAAGACUAACUCUUAUAAUCAAGUCAAGAGCAGUUUGGCUCCUAAACAAGCCUUGGGCAAAGGUUCAGGAAAUAGUGCUGUUCUGAAAGACAGAGUUAAUAAACAGUUUGUUGGAAAAACACAAAUUAGGACACCACCAGUAAAGUCACAGCAACUCUCAAGAGGAACAAAUCUUGCAAGACCAGGAGAAAAACUCCCAAAGACAGUUCCGUCUCAUAAUGUUCAGACCCUUGGUAGGACUCAGGCAUCAAAAAAAACAGUGGUCAAGGACAUAAAGGAUAUAAAGGUUAAUAGAGAUAACUCUGAAAGACCAAAUGAAAGUAAGGUACAGUCACACACUGUUACUGAACAGAAAGUAAAACAAACCAAACCCUGGACAUGCCCCAGUGUGCUUCGGGGAGGCUUUAACAACAGACAUCCAAACAUUAAGCAAGAUCAGAAAUCCACUCAACCUUGUUCCAAAACUCAGACGUCAUGUGCACCACAAAAAUCAAAACGCACAAGCCAAAGGCCUAAUUUGGCAGUUGGCAGUUUUAAUUCAGUCAUUCCAAGCACCCCUGUCAUAACAGCAAAUGGAACCAGUGGUAAUAAAUGCCGCAACAGCUAUGAACAAAAAGCACAGACUUUGGACUCCAAGUUGAAAAAGACUCUUCCCCAGAACCACUUUCUUAAUAAGACAGCUCCCAAAACUCAAGCUGGUAACAAAACUAUAAAUGGAGGAAGAGUCCCAAAUGGGACCCAGACCAAUCCAAAUAUUAAGAAGAUCACAGCAGAGGAUCGAAGGAAACAACUGGAAGAAUGGCAGAAGUCUAAGGGGAAAAUCUAUAAACGGCCUCCUAUGGAACUUAAAACAAAAAGAAAAGUAAUAGAGGAAAUGAAUAUUUCAUUCUGGAAGAGUAUGGAAAAAGAAGAUGAAGAAAAGAAAGCACAACUUGAACUGUCCAAUAAAAUUAACAGCACCCUAACACAAUGUCUGCAGCUCAUUGAGGAGGGUGUACCUUCUAAUGCAAUAUUAACCAUAUUGUCCAGUAUUCCUGAGAUUGAAAAAUUUUCUAAAUUCUGGAUCCUUAAAGCAAAGUUGUUGGCAAGUAAAGGUACCUUUGAUGUUAUUGGGCUGUAUGAAGAGGCCAUUAGAAAUGGGGCAACACCAAUACAAGAGUUACGGGAAGUCGUUCUUAAAAUUUUGCAAGACCCAAACAGAACCACAGAAGGAGUUACCUCUGACUCUAUAGUUACUGACACAAAUAUAACAUCAACAGAAGAACUGGCCAAUAAGACAGAAUCUGAAAUGUCUUGUCUUUCUCUGAACGAGAGAGAACAGGUUACAGCAACACCCCAAAUAACCAAGGCAGAACAGGAUAAUCAUCCUAGUAUCAAACUACAGAUCGCCCCAAUCCCUAGCCCCAGGGAGGGACACAGAGUGCCAAGCAGGGACAACUUCUGUAAUUGUGGGAGAGAAGAGACAGCCAAUAGGCCUAUAAGGACAGGCUGUGCAGUCAGAAUAAGUGGAAUGCCAGACGUGCAAGACAUGAAGCUCAUCACCCCUGUACGGCGUUCGGCAAGGAUUGAGCGAGCCAUGUCCCGCUACCCAGAAAUGUUGCAGGAACAUGAUAUAGUCGUGGCUUCUCUUAAUGAGCUGUUAGAAGUGGAAGAAACAGAGUGUUUUAUAUUCCGUAAAAAUGAGGCUUUGCCAGUAACAUUAGGGUUUAAAGUCCUCGAGUCAUAAUUUCUUGAUGCCCUUUUUUUUCUUAAAGAUGUUUCAGAGCCUCUGUGAACCAAGAAAUACCCUUCUCCAGGUGACCUGGAAAAAACUAUAAUGGACAGACAGAUUGUGGGAUCUCAAGAUUUAGUAUUCACUGGGCUUACUCUCAAAUUUAAUAUCCCCACAGGACUGUGUUUGGUUUAUUGAAGACUAUAGUUUGCCACAGUUUUAUAGUACAUAAAUUUUAAAAUAUUGAAUAUUAAUUUACCCCACAAGUAUGGUAAAAAUUUUCACUUUAUUGAUCUAAAUUACUCUCAAUAUAGUUCUUUUUUAUAUCACAAUGUUGGUGCCACAGUAUGCUAGACUUUCCUUCCUACAUCUGCCUUAGCAGAGAGGGUGAGUCCUCCCUGCCCCGACAGUGUUGCUUAGAAGCUAGCCUUCUGGACCAGAUGCCAUGUGACAGACUGUCUGAUCAAAUUCCCCUCAUUUUAUGGAGCUGAUGCUAGCUAUGCUUUUGCUUAGAGAUCCUACAUGUUUUUUGUGUGCAACUUUGACUUCUGACACAGCGUCCCUAUAGAUGAGGGGCAAUUCACGUCCUGUCUGUGCCAAGGCUUCUCCAAUGAAACACAGUUCUGAAUGGGGUAGUCAUCUAGCUUUUUAUAUCCAAAUCCAGUUUUACAUUUGUUAUUCAGAAAUGCUUCAAAUAAAAACAAAAGGGAGCGGGAAAGAGGGGAGGGGAGGGUCACUUGCUUCUUCACUGCCAUUCUUUGCUCUGCUAUGGGACACCUGGCCUGAGAAGACUGUACAAGCCCCAGAGGCUUUCCUUUCCUUCCUCCUGGGCAACUGUUCUUAGGUAAAAUCAGAAUCAUUAUGUAAAUAUAAUGUGUAGAAAAACUUAGCCAACAUAUUUUGAAUUUUAGCUUUCUUAAUAUUUAAGUACUAUCUAAAACAAAAUAAUUAAAUUUUGUUCAUUCCUGCUUA